AUGACGGCCACCCGUGUUCUGGUCCUCGGAGGACACGGCAAAGUAUCCCUACUCUUGCAGCCAAUGUUGCUAGCUAAGGGAUGGAACAUUACCAGCGUUGUCCGAAACCCCGAUCACGAAGCCGAAAUCCUAGCUCUCGGGAAAGAUCAGCCCGGAAAGAUUGAAGUUUUGGUGGACAGUUUGGACGACGUUAAGCACGAGUCGCAGGCACGGCAGGUAUUGAACAAGGUCAAGCCAGACAUUGUCGUGUGGUCCGCCGGUGCCGGGGGAAAAGGCGGCCCCUCCAGAACUCAUGCAGUUGACAUGGUCGCUGCGAAGGCCUACAUCUCGGCCUCCCUCGCGAUGCCCAGCGUCUCGAAGUUUCUCCUGGUCUCUUAUAUCGCCUCUCGCAGGGGUUAUCCGCCUUGGUGGACGGCGGAGGAUAAGCAGGCAGCAGAUCAUGUUAACACCAAGGUGCUACCGCAUUACUUUCAGGCAAAGGUCGAAGCGGACGAGCAUCUGGAGGCUUUGGCGAAAAAGCGACUAGACAGUGGUGAUGCCGCCUUCCAAGCCAUCGACUUGAGACCAGGAACGUUGACUGAUUCUCCCGGAACGGGAAGAGUAUCCCUAGGAAAGACGUCUUCUCGAGGGUCUGUCCCUCGCGCGGACGUGGCGGCUGUAGCUGCGGCGCUGCUCUCCAGGAAGGAUACUCGUGGUUGGUUUGACUUGUUGGAAGGCCAUUCCAACAUUUCAGAAGCAAUUGAUGAGCUGGUCAAAAAUGGACAUGACGGUCUAGCCGGGGAAGAUCUAGAUCGCAUCUAUUCGAGAGCCCUAUGA